UCACCUAAGGGUGCGAUCAAGAACUUUUCGCUCCAGUGAUGUUAUAGCAAGAGGAGGCCAAUUUUUUUUUUCUGCGAUGAUCUCUUCUCUACAACACAGACGAGGAUUCGCGCUUGAGCAAAAGGGCGCAGUAUCAGACUGGCUCGCUUGACGGAGGCGGGAAGGUUGGAAAUGCUCGCUAUCAUUGUAUUGGCAAGACUGGCCGUCUUCUCUUCCGCAGAUAACAGAUUUCUUGUAUACCCAACCAUUCUGCAAGAGCGCACGACCGCUUCCAACUUCGUUCUCCAACUCACUGACGAUAUUAUCCUUACUUUGAAGAAAAGUGAUGUAUUGGCAUCCAAACUAUUGAUGACUACGAGCCGGGAAGAAGGCAGACAGAUUGAAGAGAUCGAUACGUCUGCUCUUCAAGAAAGUUUGUACCACGACGAAUAUCAUCAGUCUUCUGUGAUGAUGAACAUAAGAGGUCGCACAGUGCAAAUCGAAGGCAUUGUAAACAGCAACCUAAGAAUAAAGCCCCUUCGGAUGGCCAAUCGUACACUUCGAGGUGAAAUGCUCCAUCUUCUUUACGAAGUUCAAGAAAAGGCAGAGAGCUUCAUAAAUUUCGGCAGCGGACGAAUUUGGAGACAGAUUUUUAGACAAAAAGCCCACGUCGAAAUAUUCGUCGUGGAGCUUCACAUCGUCUCCGAUAAAGAGCACCAAAAAUAUUUUAAAACGAAGGAGGAUCUUAUUUCAUAUAUGGCUGUGAUGACAAACGCAGUAAACUUAAGAUAUCUGGACAUGACGAAACCAAAGAUAAAGUUCAUGCUAGUCGGCGUAACAAGGAGUUUGGAAGAUGGUUUUGCUAAAAUUAUAGACGGCGCUAUUAUUGGGGCAGAAACAUUGGACGGCUUGAUAAAAUACUACAAAGAAGGAAGAAUCGCUGGUGCACCUGACAUGGUGCACCUCAUAACUGGCCGAGACAUGGCCCGCUAUGAAAAUGGCGUUCUGGAUAGAAGCUACGACGGAAUUUCAAACCAAGACACUGUCUGCACUAAGCACGCAGUUGGCUUAAGCGAAGAUACGGCAACGUCAUUCCUGGGAGUGGCUGUCAUGGCUCAUGAACUGGCUCAUGUGUUGGGGGCGGAACACGAUAAUCCUCCAAAGUGCCCGUGGUCAGAAGGAUAUCUCAUGAGUUACCUGGAUGGAGGGGUUAAAAAAUACCGGCUUUCUCCCUGCUCUGUAGAGGAUAUACGCAAUGCUGUGAAGAAACUGCCAUGGCAAUGUACAAUAAUAGUUGCCCUUACGAACUACAUGUCCCGACACAAAGCACUUCCAGGCCAAAUUGUUAAUGCGGGUCAUUACUGUAGGAAAUAUCUGAAGAUAGAUGACGAGCGAGAGAAUGUCUACUCCGUAAAGACUGAACGUGGUGCCAAGGAGUGCAAAAUGGAUUGCUGCCAUUCACCGAGCUAUAGAAUAAGAAUAUGCCUGGAAGCUAAGCUACCGGAUGGAAUGCAGUGCGUUACGGGAAAGACAUGCCAAAGAGGAGUCUGCGGAAACCACACAUAUAUUCAGCUUUGAAGGACAUGCUCCUCGGCUUAUGUUAAAAUCCCCAAAGAAACCAACAAAAUCUC